AUGGCAGCAACAGCGACUAAAAUCGAUGCCGAUCAUCCAUACUUUUUGCAUGCUUCUGAUUCUCCUGGAAUGUGUCUGAUUUCUCCUUCUUUCGAUGGAACUGGAUACGGAGGCUGGAGAAAAUUAAUUUUGAUUGCUUUAUCUGCUAAAAACAAGCUAGGUCUUAUUGACAACAUCUUAAUCAGGCCUAAGGAUGAUUCACCAUAUCUGAGAUACUGGAUAAGGUGUAAUGACAUGGUGUUUGCUUGGCUUUUGAAUUCCCUUACUCCAGACAUCAGGCCAAGCGUAAUUCAUUCUAAACCUGCGAGGAUUCUGUGGAAACAACUUGAGGAUAGGUAUGGGCAGUCAAACCUAGCACAGUCAUUUGAUUUGCAAAAACAACUAUUAGAAACAGUGCAAGGAUCCUCCGACAUUGCUACUUAUUUCAACAAGAUAAAAGCUAUAUGGGAUGAAAUAGAAUUUCUCGAUGCAAAGACUGUAUGCAUUUGUGUUGAUUGUAAGUGUGGAGCUAAUGAUAAAAAUGAUGCACUUGAAGAGAGACAGAAAUUAGUUCAGUUUUUAAUGGGGCUAAAUGAGCCAUACACUAGUGUUAGGGGAAGCAUCAUGAUGAUGCAUCCUCCACCUAAUAUUGAUAGGGCCUAUUACUCACUCUUGCAAGAAAAAAGGCAAAGAGGGAUACAGAACAUGGGACAUUAUCCUAGUGAAUCUGGUUCAUUUGAUGUGCCGACAUAG